AUGCCACCCAAGAGAAAAAAAAGCAACGAGGACGAGAGAGAGAGAUCGAAAGGACCAAGGAUACGCCUAUCAGCCAAGCACGGUCUCCCUAGCGCUCGUUCAUCAUCCCAAUAUUUGAAGCUGCCCCACGCUGCUCAAAGAGUUUUCACUGUUGUUUUGCCGUUCACACCUUUUACUCUGAGGCUAGCUACAGUCUGGUCUUAUGCCAUGGCUUUUUCACGAAGCCCAGCUUUGUCACAUUUCGAGGAGAUUUACGGAGCUUCUGCAGACUACGAUGAUACCAUAGCAUGGUCCAUCUCUGAAGCGGACUCGACAAUGCUUCAAUCUGGAGUGUUACCAUCCGCCCUUGCUCCUGGUCGAGAAGUCGAUGCUACGAUCGAUCCGGCACUGCUGCUGACCCAGCAUCAAGAUCUGGAAAACUCUCCAUUUGACGCCGCGCACAUGCAACCGUCCUGA